UCGUGCGAGAGAAGGGAACCAGCAGGCGGCUCCGGGCUCGCGCUCGCUGCCCGGUUGUCAAGGCGGCAGUGUGUGACUUGUCCUCGCGGCGGCCGCACGGUGACAGCUCACAGCGGCUCUCUCGUUUGUCGGACUGGACUCGGAUUUUUUUUUGUUUGCCUCUUUGGAUUUGGACAUUUUGGUGGCAGUGGCGGACUCUCUUCGGCUUAUUUUCUUAAACCGCAUCGGACAGAAACAGGAGCUGUGCAGGGGCAGUGGGUACUGAACCCUGCCUGCUCUGACACCGUGACUCCAGACAGACAUAGUGGCUGACAGACGCUGAAAAAGAAGUGGGCAGAUCAACAGAUAGGGAGGACAGAGGGAGAAGUACAACCUCUCAUAGAGUGGUGGCAAGAGUGACAGGGGAGCACAUGAGGAGCGGAAGCGGUGUGACAGCAACAUCCUGACCAGUAACCUUGCUUCUGCACCCCACCACACGCCCAGCAACUCCUGAAGCGGGCGUCAGAAGGAAGGAAACGUGCGACCACUCCUCCUGCAGGCAUGAGGUCCUUCCGUUCUUUCAGUAACGAUGACCGCCACGUCAUGGCAAAACACUCCACCAUCUACCCCUCCUCUCAGGAGCUGGAAGCCGUACAGACGCUGGUCUCCACUGUCGAGUGCGCCCUCAAACACGUCUCUGAUUGGCUGGAUCAGAGCAUCGGUGAUGUCAACAGCCAGGUCAACACCCACCCAGCAGACAGCACAGAGGAUGAUGAUCCUGGUGAUGAGCCCAGCGACGAAACUGAGGAUUCCAGUGACAGCUACAGAGAGUCCAAUAGUGGUGGUGUGCUGUGUGGAGUGAUGAGGAUCGGCCUGGUGGCCAAAGGCCUCCUGAUCAAAGGCGACAUGGACCUGGAACUCGUGCUGAUGUGUAGAGACAAACCCACACAGACACUGCUGGACACUGUCUGUCACAAUUUACCCACACAGAUCGAGAAGCUGACAGAAGAGAAAUAUGAGGUCACAAGCUCCUUGCCCGAGGCAGCCAUCUUGGUACAAACUACAACAGAGCCCAAGCUCACACUGAAGAUUACCCUCACCUCACCGGCAAUGAGGGAGGACGAGGAAGAAGAGGAGGAGGAAGAGGGCGAGUUGGAGAAUGGGGAGGAAGGAGAGGAGGAGGAGGAGGAGGAAGAGGUGGAGGAAGUGGUGGAGGAGGAGGAGGAGGAACAGGAGAAGAAGAAUGGGCGAGUGUUGGGUGCUGCUGCGCAGAGAGUGGAGGCUGAGGAGGAGGAGGGGGAGGUGCUGGAUAGACACAGAUGUCUGUUGGCCCUGGCAGCGCUGCGACACGCCAAGUGGUUCCAGGCUCGAGUGAACGGGCUCAAGUCCUGCGUUAUCGUUCUCAGGAUACUCAGAGACAUGUGCAAUAGACACCCCAUCUGGGAACCUCUCAAGGGAUGGCCCUUAGAACUUAUCUGCGAGAAGGCAAUUGCCACCUGCAACAGACCUCUCGGGGCUGGAGAAGCCCUGCGUCGAGUCAUGGAGUGUCUGGCCUCAGGCAUACUGCUACCAGGUGGUCCAGGUUUACACGACCCAUGUGAGAAAGAGCCAACAAACACACUAGCCAACAUGACCGACCAGCAGGCUGAGGCCAUUACCUACAGUGCACAGCAUGCUCUCAGACUCAUGGCGUUCGGACAGAUCUACAAGGUGUUGGAGAUGGAGCCUCUUCCCUCGAAUAAACCCUCACAGAAAUACCCUUGGUCUGAUAAAGAAGGCUUAGGUCUGAAGAGGCCAUACGAGGAUGGAGCAAUGGAUGACAAGGACCUCAUCAAGAAGAUGAAGAGGAAUCUGAGGAAAGUCCUAGACAGUAAAGCCAUAGACUCCAACCAGCCAAUGAACGCCUUGAUGCGACUGAACCAGAUCCGGCCGGGGCUGCAGUAUCGCCUGCUGUCCCAGUCGGGCCCGGUUCAUGCUCCGGUCUUUACCAUGUCUGUGGAUCUGGACGGAACCAUUUACGAAGCGUCUGGAUCCUCCAAGAAGACCGCCAAGCUCCACGUAGCCGUCAAGGUUCUCCAGGCCAUGGGCUACCCAACAGGUUUCGACUCAGACUUGGACCCCAUGAGUUCAGAUGAGAAGUCGGAUGGCGAGGGGAAGAGCGAGACAUCAUCACACACUAGCAAUAACCCAACACACUCCACAGACAGUUCCAACACACUGGAGGUGCGAACUCAGGGUCCCAUACUGACGGCGAGUGGGAAGAACCCCGUCAUGGAGCUAAACGAAAAGAGACGAGGCCUCAAAUACGAGCUCAUCUCUGAAAGUGGAGGCAGCCAUGACAAACGCUUUGUUAUGGAGGUGGAGGUCGAUGGGCAGAAGUUCCGUGGGGCAGGCCCCAACAAAAAAGUAGCAAAGGCCAGUGCUGCUCUAGCAGCUCUGGAAAAACUCUUCUCUGGUCCCAAUGCAGCUGCAAACAAGAAAAAGAAGAUAUUGCCUCAGACUAAAGGAGCACUGGCCGCGGCAGCAGCAGCCUCAGCAGUAGCAGCUCAGGUAGCCAGAGGAAGAGGAAGAGCAGCCCUCGCAAGAGGAGCCUUCGUCAGUGCAGCCGCACCUGGAUAUGUCACACCAGGCUUUGGGACACCGUAUGGCUACAGCCCUGCUGCAGCAGCUGCUCCUGCAUACGGUGGUCUGUUCAUUGACAAUCCCUUCUACCAGCCACGGACCCUUGCUCCAUUUAUCAUUCAUCUGGGUCCCCAGGAUCUCUUCUCUGACUUCUAGAGGCGGCAGGUUGUUGGAUACGCUCUUCACACUUACCUGUCUGUAUACGCAGGACACCUGUUUUUUUUUUCUGUCCGUCUAAGCGGGCUGCCUUUCUAUCCAGGUGACGGACUCGCAGAUCCAAAACUGGUUUGAUCAGUCCGCUGAAAAUGAAAAACGUUCUGCCCUACAGCAGCGGCAGAAACUCUCUCACCUACUGACCGAGAGGCUCAAAGCUCCUCUCUCUGUUUUCUCAACUCUCCGCCCAGAUUUAUCACUUCAGAGGGGAGAAACUUUACACGAAGCAAUACUCAGACUCUGCGUGAGGCUGGGCUGAACUUGGGUCUUUCUUAUAGCAAUACACCUGAACUCCUGUCUUCGAGCUUACUUACUUGAGAAGAUGUGAAUGUCCGAUGGAGUUUUACCCAACGCAGCAUUGCAAUAGCUCAUUUUGAUUGUAUAUUCAUUGUAUGUAUGUGUACGUGUGGCUAUAACAUGACUAUAUACACAUAUAUGUAUGAUGUAUGUUUCUAUAACGACGUGUUGACAAUAAUAUUACUAUAUGAUGAUGUAUUUAUGUAAAUAUUCUAUAAAAUAUAACUAUUGUUGGUAUAAAUUAUUUUAGAAUUAUAAAGUGAAAUGUAACUGUAAUAUCACAGUAUAGCUUUCUUCCAAUUUUAUAUACACUGAGCAAUUGAAGCUAGUUCUAGGAGAUGCAAUAUUAUCUUUGGUAUUCCUAUUAACCUGUGCUGUUAGAAUAAUAAUGCUUCCUUCCUCUCUUUCCUUCAAACUUUCCCUCUA